AUGCCAUCAAAUAGUAUCUUUUCUUCAUUCCGUCAACCAAGAGAAACAAUGGCUUGCAGGCGAGGCAUAUUCCUAUUUGCCACCUUCGCCGUCCUGUCAAUCCUAUCACUCCCAAGGGCGACGCACGGCUGGGCGAACGGCGGCGCAACGUGGUACGGCGGCCCUAACGGCGACGGCAGCGAAGGUGGCGCGUGUGGUUAUAAAAGCGAUGUCGGCCAGGACCCGUUCUCGUCGUUGAUCGCCGCCGGCGGAGCGGGCAUCUUCAAGAACGGCAAAGGCUGCGGUUCAUGCUAUCAGAUCAGGUGCAAAGAGAACCCGGAAUGCUCCGGCAAACACGUAACCGUCGUCAUUACCGACCAGUGCCCCGACGCGCAGUGUCAGAAGAGGCCGCACUUCGACAUGAGCGGCACCGCCUUCGGCGCCUUGGCCAAGCCCGGGAUGGCGGAGAAACUACGUAACGCCGGAGUCCUCAAUAUCGAAUUCGAGAGGGUGCCAUGCAAGUACCAUGGCAAGAAGAUUAGCUUCAAGAUGGACUCGGGCGCCAACCCGUUCUACCUCGCCAUGCUGGUCGAAUACGAGGCCGGCGACGGAGACCUCAACUCCGUGGAAGUCAUGGAGGCCGGCGGCAAAAAAGGCUACGCCAAGUGGGAAAAGAUGCGGCAGUCGUGGGGCGCCCUGUGGUGCAUGGAGUCCAAGACCGGGAAGCCUCUGGAAGCCCCAUUCUCCUUCCGGCUCACCUCGAGUUCCGGCAAGGUGCUCGUCGCCAACAAUGUCGUCCCCGCCGGGUGGAAUGCUGGGAAGUGCUACGAGUCCAAGGUGAACUACCCCGCCUGA